GAAUACCCUUUUAAACGAAGAAGUCGUUCGCUUUUUGAGCAAUUCGGAUGAAGUAAUAUUUUGGGGCUGCAACAUCAAAUCUCCCGAGGGCUACCGCGUGUCCAGAACGCUCCGGGAACAUACCUACCCAUUCGUCGGUGUGAUUGGUCUGACCAAUUUAGCAGCUGCGGAUCAUGGCCCCUAUCCAAUGACCAAUGUGGGUAUGGCUUUACUCGGACGGAUUGAGGGUGCCGUAUCCCCGAUUGAAUUAAUUCAACAACUACGGAGUAUACUUCAAGAACAUCAAGGAGCCACACUGGCCGCUCGAAUGGAUCGGUAA